AUGGCGGCGGAGAUUCAUUCCAGGCCUCAGAGUUCCAGACCUGUACUUUUAAACAAAGUCGAGGGUCACCAGGAUACGGUAAAUGCCGCAGUUCUCAUUCCCAAAGAAGAUGGAGUGAUUACGGUCAGCGAAGACAGGACAAUUCGGGUUUGGCUGAAGAGAGACAGCGGCCAGUACUGGCCCAGCAUCUAUCAUACUGUGUCCUCUCCUUGUUCCUGCAUGUCUUACCACCAUGAGAGCAGAAGAAUCUUCAUAGGGCAGGAGAAUGGAGCAAUUGUGGAGUUUCUCAUCUCUGAAGAUUUUAAUAAAAUGAACCAUGUAAAGACGUAUCCAGCCCAUCAGAGCCGUGUGUCAGACAUGAUGUUUUCUCUGGAGAGUAUGUGGGUGGUGAGCACAGGUCAUGAUAAGAGUGUCAGCUGGAUGUGCACUCAGAGUGGAUCCAUGUUGGGUCGACACUACUUCAGCUCCUGGGCCUCCUGUCUGCAGUAUGACAACGAUACCCAGCAUGCCUUUGUGGGUGACUACUCAGGACAGAUAACUUUACUGAAACUGGAGCGACAAACCUACUCCACUGUCACCACACUAAAGGGUCAUGAAGGUAGUAUAGGCGCUCUGUACUGGGAACCAGUUCAGAGGUGGCUGUUUUCUGGAGCGUCCGACCACAGCGUGAUCAUGUGGGACAUUGGAGGGAGGAAGGGCCGUACGCUGCUACUGCAGGGACACCAUGAUAAAGUUCAGGCUCUUCGUUACAUUCAACUCACCAGACAGCUUGUGUCCUGCUCGGCGGAUGGAGGGAUGACUGUGUGGAAUAUGGACACACCGCGAGAGGAGGCUCCUCAGUGGUUGGACAGUGAUUCGUGUCAGAAGUGUGAACAGCCUUUCUUCUGGAACAUUAAACAGAUGUGGGACACUAAGACCCUGGGGCUCCGACAGCACCACUGCAGGAAGUGUGGACAGGCGGUUUGUGGGAAAUGUAGUUCCAAACGCUCCACGUAUCCCAUUAUGGGCUUCGAGUUUCAGGUGCGCAUGUGUGACGCCUGCUACGACUCCAUCAAAGAGGAAGAUCGGACCCCACUGGCUACGUUCCAUGAGGGGAAACAUAACAUCUCUCACAUGGACAUGGAUCCUGCCAGAGGCCUCAUGGUCACCUGUGGGAGUGACCGUGUCGUCAAGAUCUGGGACAUGACACAGGUGGUUGGCUGUAGCCUAGCAACGGGAUUCUCACCCCGUUGAUUGGACCAUUCCUGUCACUUGUCUCAAAGCUCCGCCCCUUGAUCUGCUGAGAGAUGUCCAUCAAGAGGACUGAAUGUUGUCAUGGAUACGCCACUCACUUUACCACAGAAGGGACUGUGUGACACAAAGUGUGCUUGUGUGUGUGUGUGUCUGUGUGUGUGAGAGAGAGAGUGGGUGGUCCCAGUUACCACGGCAACCGUAGCUUUCUACCACAACCCUUACUGCCCUUGUCUUGACUCGUAAUGAUCUGACCGUAUUGUUGCAUAAGAACUCAAGGUGUUUUUAAGUA